GGGACAGAAAAGACUUUUAGUUUUUAUUAUUAAACAAAAAUUCUGAUUACAAUUGCGUACCAUGGAUCUCAACGAUGCCGUGCUCACGUGCGCGGUGAAUAUUCAAUGGACAAAUGCAGUGGGCGUGACGGGGCGUAAAUUACAGUACAAGACAGCGACGCUACGCUUAGUCCGCAAUGAUCUGCGCGAAUUAUUUGUCGAAGUGACGCCGGAAAAGCUAAAGCCUCUUAAAUUCAAACUGAAGGACAUAAUGAUACACAAAAAGUUCAUGAAUGAAGGCAAGGCAACAUUCAAUUUUAAGGCAGAGCACUGCGCGCUCUAUCUAUCAAAUGCCCCGCCGGGCCCAUUAAUGUUCUUCCUACGCACAAUUUUCAUUAAACUGAAUGGCACGGGUGAGGGGCAGGGACAGCCCGACGAGGCGAGCCUGCAGAAGAAGUUACGCGAACACAUGUUGUCGGGCAAGCCGAGCUCCUUCGAAGAAGUCUCGCCCGUAACGACGGCCGAGAUGGUUUUGGCGCGUAAAAAGGCCGGUUUGGCGGCAUCGCGUGCCACAUUGACGACCCCAUCGCCACACGCGGCCAAGAAGCGGCGCUUUGAGGAGCUUAAGACGGGCGAUGAACGUAAUGGUAGUGGAGGCGCUGUGCCUGCGGCCAAGAAACUAUACCAGCAAACAUCAACUGAGGACUCGUUGCGUCUAAGUGAGGAGCAGAUGGAAGUUCUGCGCGCCUGCACCGCCGGCAAGAAUGUCUUCUUUACGGGCUCUGCAGGUACGGGCAAGAGCUUUCUGUUGCGCAAAAUAAUUUCUGCUUUGCCACCGGACGGCACAGUGGCGACGGCGUCGACUGGCGUGGCUGCCUGCCUCAUCGGCGGCACCACGCUUCACGCUUUUGCUGGCAUUGGAGGCGGCGAUGCGACUAUGCAGCGUUGCCUGGAAUUGGCGUCGCGUCCGGUUUCGGCACAGACUUGGCGCAAAUGCAAAAGACUGAUCAUUGAUGAGAUCUCUAUGGUGGAUGGACAGUAUUUUGAGAAAAUUGAAGCUGUGGCACGGCACAUAAGGCGCAAUGACCGUCCCUUCGGUGGCAUACAACUGAUCCUAUGUGGCGACUUUCUGCAGCUGCCGCCGGUGGUUAAGGCCGACUUUGCUGCCCAAAAUAGCGCAGCUCAGCAACGCUUUUGCUUUCAAUCCAGUGCCUGGGAGACUUGCAUACAGUGUAUUUUUGAGCUGAAGCAGGUUCAUCGUCAAUCAGAUCCAGAAUUUGUUCGCAUCCUCAAUCAUUUGCGUAUUGGGCAUGUAAAUGAGACGAUAACUGCACGAUUAGUGUCCACCUCGAAGCAAAAGAUCGAGGGUAAUGGCAUACUGGCAACACAAUUGUGCUCCCACACGAAUGAUGCUAAUUCCAUAAAUGAAUCCAAGCUGGACAAUCUAACGGGCGAGAAAGUGCUCUUUCGUGCUGAGGAUUCGGACGCCACGCUGACCAAGCAGUUGGAUCAGCAAGUCCAAGCUCCGGCACAGCUCUAUUUAAAAGUGAAUGCGCAGGUGAUGCUGCUCAAGAAUAUCAACAUUGCAUCGGGUCUAGUGAAUGGCGCUCGUGGGGUGGUGGUGCGCAUUGAGAAGGGUCUGCCAGUGGUGCGCUUCAAGAACAAUCACGAGUAUGCGUGCAAGCACGAGAAGUGGAUAAUCAAGACGGCCACCGGUGGCGUCCUCACACGUCGCCAAGUGCCACUAAAGCUUGCCUGGGCCUUUUCUAUACACAAAAGUCAAGGACUUACGCUUGAUUGCGUAGAGAUGUCACUCUCUAAAGUGUUUGAGGCUGGCCAGGCUUAUGUGGCUCUGUCACGUGCCAAAUCACUAGACUCGGUGCGCAUAUUGGACUUCGAUUCCAAGCAGGUGUGGGCCAAUCCGCAAGUGCUGCAAUUUUAUAAGAAUUUCCGACGCCGUCUUGUCGACACCACCAUGAUACCAUUGGGACCGAAUAAUAAGGAAAAGAAGCCAACCGAUAGCAAGCUCAGUGCAUUGGCCAAGCUUAAGAAAAGCCUCAUGAAUAAACCACUUGUCUCCAUCAGCUAAUGCAAAAAUAUUUUAACAUUAAGUACGCAAUUUAAGUUAUCACAUCUAGCUCAAAUUUAAGCACUGACGGAAGGCUCUUCGACUCAUAGCUCGCGCAAAUCGCUGCAGCGUUUUGAGAAUGUCUUUCAAUACGAAACCGGACGAAAGACCUUGACAAAAUGCACUUCUAUAAGCACAAGAUCGAGCUUGGAAUUUGAAGAUCCUUUAAGGAACAAGUUUGUAAACCGUCUUAUACAUUUAGAUUUAAAAUACAAUAUAUGAACUGACAUUAUCGCAGCAUUAAAUGUAACAAGACAAACAAAAAAAAAUGUAAUAUUGUUACUAAUAUG